AUGACAAUACUGAUUGAUUAAGUUCAAUUUGACGUAUUGACCGUUUGAGAAGAGUGCACAAAUACUAUUGUCAUGUUAUGGUUUGACUUUUGCGGACAUAGACCACAUUUAUGACUAAUCAAAUAAGAUGUUUUAAAGGUCAAUGGCAGGUUUUCCAGCUAACUAAACAUUUGCUAACCAACUGUGUAAUGUUUAUUUCUAGCCUCUCAGUGAGCCAGCCAUCAACUUUAAUUUGUACUUUUAUUAUUUAUAAGUAGCUAGCUACAUUAGAUAGCAUACUGUCAAUGUUCAACGAGAUAUUUCGUUACAUGUAGAUCUGUGUCGGCUAACGUUACAUCAAAGACAUGGCUUUACUGGUUCAUAUGUAUUUAAACUACCGGUUGUUCUAAUUAGUUAGUUUGGCCCAAAAUAACAUGGUCAACCCUAUAAUUGUAUUAGCUAAUCACCUAAGUCAGUAAUUGGUAUUUGAAUUCAAACACUGUCAUCAUAUUACAUAAAACAUCUAGAAAGAGAUAGUAACGUUACCCCUUUUAUAUAAAAAAAAAAACAGCUAAAAAAUGCCACCUACCGAUUUUGUAAAUCAUCAAUGAAAUAAAACUAUUUUCAACUUUGUUGUGCUUGUGGGUGAAGGCAGUGAAUAUGUAAAAAGUCAUAAUUUAUCUGACUGAAUCAGUGUAAUACUAGAAUAGUUUGAGAUCAAGUUUUCUAGACUGUAAAGUUUGGGUUAUAUAACCCAAUCACAUGUGAAUAACCCAACAUUUUGUGACUCUUUGUAUUCUGAGUAGCCUAAUUCAGUUUACUGUCAAAGUGCUGAACAGAAAUAGCAACCAGCCUUGUGCCACUUUGAUGUCAUACAGAAAAUUAUAGACAUUUUCAAGCAUUUCACUGAGAAUCUCAAAGAGAAUCCGGCAGCUGCAGAUUUAAUUGCAGCUUGUCAGAGUGAUGCGUGGGCAUCUUGCAUUCAUGCUAAAGAACCUCCUUCAUGUUACAUCACAUGUUUGGCAGUCUGUUUCUGUACUGUAGCCCUAUUACAAGGGAGGUGAGAAGAGACCGUGUGGAGAGUGUGUUGGGGGGAUGGAGGAGUUUCCAGUGAGGACGGUGGAGGGGCUGUGUCUAGGCACCAGCUUGGCCAUAUCAGGCCUCUUCUUCUACAUCUACAGGAAAAAGAGGAAAUCGGUGGACAAACUCAAUGAGGCACCCCACAUGAAUUUGGAUGGGAAACUGGCAGACCUUUUGAAUGUGACACCGGGAAAGUGUCUGCAGUAUGUUGUCAUCGAAGGAGCAGUGCAGCCUGUGGGGGAGCCUCUAAGGAGUCAGUACCAGGAAGGCAGCGUAGGGGUAGUGCAGAAACUCAUGCUAAGGGAACACAAGCUGGUGUGGAACAGCCUGGCCCACACCUGGAUGGACAGUGAGUGCGUGCUGCACCAGAGGGUAAAUACUGUGCCCUUCAGCCUGGUGGGGUCGGACCAGGCCAAUGUGAGGGUGCUGUGUCCCCUGGAGGCCUCAGAGCUGAAGAUGGAGAUCCUCCAUGAGAAGUUCCACCAGGCCACCUACGGUUUCACCGACAUCGUCGGACAGUACCUCAGUGGAGAGAAGCCCAAAGGCCAGCUGGAGACUGAGGAAAUGCUCAAGGUUGGCGCUACUCUUACAGGUGUAGGCGAGCUCAUCCUGGACACGGACCGGGUGCUGAAGCUCCGCCCGCCCACCGACGGCUCAGAGUACUUUCUAAGCACAGCAGACUUUGAGACCCUGCGGCUGGAGCAGGAAGACCAGGCGGUGGUCUGGCGGGUCCUGGCCUCUGUGUUCGCCCUGGCCGGGGCCGCCGUCCUCCUCUGGGUGGGCUGCCGCUACUACCGCAGCCUGAGGGUUUGCUGGGAACAGGAACGUCUGAAGAGGGAGUUUGAGACACUGGGCGCCGGGGGGUCUGGGGCUACACAACAGGGGUCUAGGGAGCAGGAGAUGCCCCUGGAGAAUGACUGUGUGAUCUGCCUGACCCAGCUCCGUAGCUGUGUGCUACUGGACUGUGGGCACGUGUGCUGCUGCUACAGCUGCUACCAGGCCCUGCCUCAGCCCAUCUGCCCCAUAUGCCGGCAGGCCAUCAACAGAGUGGUGCCCCUCUACCAGGCAUGAAGCCCAGCCAGGGAGAACAAAUCAAAAUCAAAUGUUGUCUCUUACACAUGUUUAGCAGAUGUUAUUGCGGGUAUAGCGAAAUGCUUGUGUUCGUAGCUCCAACAGUGCAGCAAUA